AUGCCAACUCAGUUUCAACACCCGUUUCAAGAAGGCGAAUAUGGCAUCAUUGCGUGGUAUCCAAAGUUCCAAUCCUGCCACAGGUUCUUCGUUGAGCAUGCUCAACACACGGAACCUGUGCAGGCAGUGGCCGCCUGGGUGAACAUUCGGUUGCCGUUCCAACAAACGACAGACAAUGUGGUGGGCGCAGCCCCAACCCAGAAUGAGUGGAAAUCGUCAGCAGUAGCAGUAAAUCUCCGCGCAACUCUGGUCCCAUAUAUCAGGCGGUUGGUGGUUACGGGAUUCGACAACCCUGCCACUCUGUACGGUUUCUUCGGCGAAGACUGGACAGAAGGCAUUGGACCGAUCCACGAGGCCGAGAGGCGGAAUUACCUGUUUGCCGCCAAGAGUGAGACAUGGCUGGAAGUGAAGAGAGAUUACGACAUGGACGAUGGCCAGGCAGUUCCUUUCCUGAGACCGUUGAUCGGCGUGACGGAGAACGAGAUUGUCAACGCCGAGGCACGCUGGAGCGAUUGGUUGGCAAUGCAAGAUUGGAUGCUGGGCCCAAGAGCCCCUCUAGGAGACAACGAGUCUCGCUCUCCCAGAGAUUCCAGAGAUGGAUGA